UGCCCAGCAGUAUAUAUUGGCAGGUGCCCUGGGCAGGGGUGCGAGGCUGUGACUGGCAGUGCAUCUUCCUCGAGUUGCCACCCAGCCCUACAGUGGCAGCAACAGCGCAUCUACCCCCUAUUCAGCUUCACCCACUGAGGGGCAGCAGCUCCUGAACCACCCACCCCCAGCGAUCAUGAGAUCCCCCCUGGCUCCAGCUGUCAGGCUCAUCCAGGCUGUGUCUAGAGAUGGAUGGUAUCGUGGAUUUAUCAUCGUUCUGACUUUCCUGUUCUACACGAGUUACCAUCUGUCCAGGAAGCCGAUCAGCGUGGUGAAGAGCCAGCUCCACCGGAACUGCUCCGAGCUCCCGAAUCCUCCGCCGAAUAUUUCCCGUAAUGACACGACGUGGUGCAGCUGGGCGCCGUUCGACCAAUCAAAUUACAAGGAGCUGCUUGGCGCCCUGGACACCUCCUUCUUGGUUGCCUACGCGAUUGGGAUGUUUUUUAGUGGCAUCUUUGGGGAACGCCUGCCCCUGAGGUACUACCUGUCUGGGGGUAUGAUACUCAGUGGAUUAUUCACCUCUCUUCUGGGGCUGGGGUAUUACUGGGACAUUCACUCUCUCUGGUACUUCAUACUCUUCCAGAUAUUGAAUGGUUUGGUCCAGACGACGGGAUGGCCGUCCGUGGUGGCGUGUAUGGGAAACUGGUUUGGGAAAGGAAAACGCGGGUUUAUUAUGGGAAUCUGGAAUUCUCACACGGCGGUCGGGAAUAUAUUGGGCUCCCUGAUUGCUGGAGCGUUCGUCUCGUCGGCGUGGGGUCUCUCCUUCAUUGUGCCAGGAAUUAUAAUUGCCUCCUGCGGGGUCAUCUGCUUCCUCUUCCUCAUCGAAUAUCCGGAAGACGUCGGGUGCGCAUCUCCAGAGACGAACGAGGUGGUCGAGGACGACUUGGACAACAUUCAGGUGUCGAGUAACAGCACGGAGGCCAUCUUCAAGAGUCAGCCUUUAGACAGCGUCGACGAGUCCGGGAGCCACGUGGCUGGGGAGCAUCCGCAAGCCAUCAGUUUCCUGGGUGCGCUCCGGAUACCGGGCGUAGUGGAGUUUGCACUCUGUCUCCUCUUUGCCAAGUUGGUCAGUUACACGUUCCUUUACUGGCUCCCUCUCUACAUUUCCAACGUUGCACACUUUGACCCCAAAAAGGCUGGAGAUCUGUCGACGCUGUUUGAUGCCGGCGGCAUUCUCGGAGGGAUUCUGGCCGGUGCCGUAUCGGAUUAUUCUGGAGCGAGCGCCAUCACGUGUUCGGUUAUGUUGGUCCUGACUGCGCCCAUGCUGUUUGUUUACAAUCAGUUCGGGCAGACGGAGGUUUCCACCACGAUCGCCAUGCUGAUCGUGUGCGGGAUGCUGGUUAAUGGACCCUACUCACUGAUCACCACAGCGGUCUCGGCGGAUUUGGGCACUCACGAGUCUCUCCGUGGGAACGCUAGGGCGCUGUCUACGGUCACGGCCAUUAUCGACGGCUCUGGAUCAAUAGGGGCUGCACUCGGACCGUCUCUCGCCUCCGUCCUGUCCUCUAAAGGCUGGAAUUAUGUCUUCUACAUGUUAAUAGCGGCUGAUAUCUGCGCAUGUUUGUUGUUGUCACGUUUGGUUUACAAGGAGGUGACCCGCUUGUGCCCGUGUUUCCGGAAGGCCAGAGGCGAUAGCCUGAACCUAAAGCCCAGUAAUGGUGGAUGAGGGAACUUGUUACAAAUAAGCGUUUGUCGUGAGUAUAAGUGCUUCAGCUGGUGCAAAGUUUGGCGGGAAAAUCAAAUGGAAGCUUUAUUACGAAACCUUUUGUCAAGGAGACAGAACAGGCCUCGGGCUCCGAGCCCCACGCGUUUCACCCAUUGCUGCCGCUUCUCACAAUAUUAACACAAUACUCCAUUAAUCCUCCAAUAAUCCA